GCGCGUUUUUCGUUCGAUUACAGGGUUAUAUACGCAUCGUUGUGAUAUUAAAUUAUUGCAGUUUAGAAUAUCUACCGUAUUACAGUAUUGUAUUAUUUUAUCCGAAUAAACAUAAUAAUAUUGAUAAAAUGGUCAGUCUAUUUCAGGUAAGCCGAUUAAAUGAUACUCUAACGGAUAGGUAUAACGUUCACGUCGUAAAAUUUCGUUUUGAGUUUUAAAAUCUAAUUAAUUUACGAUUUUAUUUUUAUUUGUUAUAAAUGUCGAGAUUUCAACUGACAACGUAUCAUUUAGAAAUGUAUUUCUUAUUUACCACAUUGACUUGCCAAUCGAUAUAAUUUAUAUCGGUGUAAAAAUAUUUGACAUAAUAAGUUUGAUUAAGCCAAUUGAAUGGAUUAUAAUUAAACAAAACGUAAUAAGCAGUAAAUAUAAGAAUGGCUGUUAAAAGAAUGUGAGCUGCAUCGUGUGCCGUCUACGACUUACAAAAGCACCGGAUACGAUGUGUCAAAUAUUCUUGCCAUUAUAUUUAAUGUAUUUAAUGAGUAAUUUAUCCAAUCGUCCAACUCAAAGGUAAGAACAUUAUUUGUAUUGAUACGUCAGUUUUUAAUCGAUAUUUAAAUUUCUAAGCGAGAUACGAGUAUGACGUGAAGUAUUAUAAUUAUAAAAUACUCAAUAUAUCUUGUUUGAAAAUUAAAAUAUCGAAAAAAAACCGAUGUCCAAAUACAGAUCACGUUCCUAUCUUUAAGAUUUAUAAUACAUCAAUUCGCUUAAGUAUUCACACAAUAACACACAAUCAUUAUCCCCGAUGAACGCAAACUUGCAAUGUCGUGCGUCUGUUAUACGCUACUUAAUGACCACUAUAGUUUAUAUCAAAAAGACCCACAGAAUACGCUGUUUCGAGUACGUAAUAUAAUAUUAUACGUUUAUAUUGGCUUUUUCAAUAUCGCAGACACAAAUUAGUUUACAAACAUUUUUGUUACGCCGACCGUUUUCUAGAUCACUGUGGUGGCAUUGGGCGCGUUGACGACACUGAUAUCGGCUGACCACCAAGCCACCUCAUUUGCCUAUUAUCAACCUAUCUUCCACCACACCGAACACCACGGACACGAUUAUUACGUAAGUAUAAACGAUUAUUUUCGUGUACGAUAAUAAAAUACUGUAACGAGAAAAUUGUAUCAGUUUGCGUCGUUUGCAGUGUAUAAUAAUUCUGUAUCGUAAAUUUAUCGGAUAAUCGUUUUCGAAUGAGAGCGUCAUAAUUUAACAUGGGGUGUAUUUUCAAUAUAGACGUGUUUGUUUUCUCUUGAUAGGUUAUAACUAUUGUUGUAAACGUUUAUACCUGAAUAUGUUACGCGAUCAGACCAAACCUUAAUUCCAAGUUACACAAUUAUGGUAGUUUCAGUGAGUGUAUUGUACGUGAGAAGUACAGUAUAGCUGUCAAUUUAGGACAAUUAUUAAAUCGAACCAUCAGAACAUAGUAGUGUUUCGACUCGAAUCGUGUUCCAAUGAGUACCACAAAAUACGAGUGUGCAAAGUGUGAGGCUCACACAGACCCCGAAACCUACAUAAUUCGAGGGGCCUUUUUGAUUGUGAUCGUAGCAAAAAUGUAUUGGCUUAACCAUAAUAUAUGUUUUUUUUUUUUUUUUUUUUGUGUCUUAAAAGACAUUUUACCAGAAAUGUUGAUGCCAUUUAGGAACCAAAGCCCGAACAUAGUUAUUUAAUUAGGCCGAAAUAAGCGAUGAUAAAAAUAUUGCAUUUUGAUUUGUCAAACAGAUUUAAUUAAAAUAAAAGUGAAAAUAGUAUAAAACGUUAUUUGUAUUAUAUAUUUUUUGCUUGCGGACUAUUUUAUUGCAACCAACAUAACCUUUUUAACCACCCUUUUCGAAUUAUAUGCUUUUCUCGUGAUGCUGUUCGGUUGAUAUCAAUUGUGAAUUAGAGUGUAAAUUACAUACUUAGACAUGCGUUGUUGGGUUACAAUUUUCAUAUAAAGUAACAGGAUUUUAGGUGACAAAUAAUUAUUACCCAUUUACUCUCAUCUCCAAAAAUCGUGAUGGUGAUGCUGGAAUCCUAGCUAUUUCUAAUAAUAAGCCAUUAAUUUUGCUGGUUGGACAUUGAGCACGGUUAGCCAAAAUCACCCAAAUCAGCACUGAAUAUUUAAUUGUAAACUUCCGUUGCAUUAAAUUUACAACCACCUCAUUUUAUCCUUUAAAUUGUAUUUUUUGUUUGGUUAAUUUGUCAAUGUAAACACAAUAAUAAAUUGUAAACAACUUCAUUUUUAUCAAAUUGGUCGUCUUAUCAAAGUCUUUUUUCAAUUUUUCAAUCUUUCAAUUUUUGAGUUAUAACACUAUUAUAGUCAUAAUUGUAAAAAUAUUAUCCCGUUCGGUUUAUAAAUGAAAUUUGUAUAACUACAUCUUUUUAACCAAAGAAAGUCCUGCGCCCCUGUUGUACCACUCUUAAUCGUAAUAAUAUUUGUAAUUCGUUUUUGAAAUUGUUUCUGCGUCAAACUACACACAGUCACCGCCAAAGUACGAAUUCAAAUACGGUGUCCACGAUCCGCACACAAAGGACGAGAAAAACCAAUGGGAGAAACGGCACGAAGACGUCGUGCACGGAGGCUACAGUUUUGUCCAGCCAGACGGCCGCAUUCGAAAGGUGACGUACACGGCCGACAAGCACAACGGUUUCAACGCGCACGUCCACUACGAACACCACGCUCAACACCCCCAACAUUACGGUCACCACCAGGAAUACUGAUAUUCCACAUAACGACAGAUUUUUACGCCGGCACUGUAUCAUGAAAUACCGUUAUAAUUUGUUUUCUU